AUGUAUCGUGAUGGACACGGUGGUAACUUUGACUUAAUAUGCAGUUCGAUAACUGCUCCUUUUACCCAUGGAAGUCAUCCUCAUCCCUUGUUCUACCUCAAACUAGCUAGAUAUGGCGAUCUCAAGAAAUGCCAAGGUUGCGGCAGGAAUGCGCAAGGAGCCGCCCUAGGUUGUAUCAAAUGCGACUUCUAUUUGGACUUCCGUUGCGCCACUCUACCAACAAAGGUAGGGCUUCCCAGGUACGAUGAUCAUCCACUCACUCUUUGCUACGAUGAAGAGGCAAGCGGCAAAUACUGGCGUGAUAUCUGCGAAACAGAAACGAAUCCAGAGACUUGGUACUACACCUGUUGUGACUGCGGAGUCACUCUGCAUGUUUUAUGUGUGCUUGGGGAUAUCAGGUACGCCAAAUACGGAGGGAAGUUCGAUGACCAAGUUGAAUUGCUUCCUAACGAUACAUCUUCACGACCAUUUUGCAGCAACUGUCAUCGUCGUUGCCCAGGUAACUUCAUUCUCAACGAGAGUGAGGACGACCAACUCUUUUGUUCUUUGUAUUGCUUUGCGCAGACUAUUGAUACUGAAUAUUAUUGGAGUGAACUGAGAUGCCCUCCAUGGGCAUUGAAGCCCAAUACUUUUUGA